AUGGAAUACACCAAUGCUUUCUUGUCCUCACAGUUGGUAGUUGGCGACUAUGACGUGUCGGUGAAGCUACUAGAGUACAAUAGAGACUCGGACCAUUGCUGUGAUGGUUUUUUAGGACUUCAGAUUCUGAACUGCAAAGGAAAAAAUACAGAUCAGCGAGCUGAUGACAAAAAUCAUUUUUUAUUCCCCGAUAUUCCUGCAUUGAGAGACCAUGCUGUUUACACCUGGAAGAACAUCACGAGUCAACCUAAUUUCCAAAUAUCAAUAAACGUCUUUGAAUAUGACUCGAGAAGUUACUAUAAUGAUAUUGGAGUGACAAACUACACCUACAAUGGAAAUAAUGCUACAGUACAAACUAUCACAACGAAUCCUGGAAAGAAAAACGUACGGAUAAAACUACAAUUUACGGUGUCGUGUUCGCUACAUUUUCUGGGUCCACAAUGUGAUCAGAAAAACACUAUAGCCAUGAAUUCAACGACUUCAACAGCAUUGACAGACACACCAUCAAAACCUUCUUCAUUUGCAAUGACUACUUUAAUUAAAACCACUGCACUAUCCAAAUCAACAUCUGCCAAACCAACAACAACACGACCUAAAAUAUCUAUUUCAUCAUCAACAAAAACAAUACUAUCGAAUACAACAACCUUUAAAGUGACAUCAAUACCAACACCAGUAAUUACAAUCAAAGCAAAGACCACAUCAACAAAAGUUACUAAACUAACUGCAACCAUACCGACAACAAUCAACAAACAUAUAGGUCCGUCAACAACAAUUGCAAUACCAACAACCAAUAAAUCAAUAGUGACAACAAAAAGACAACAAACAAAAACAACAAAAUCAACUACUUCCAUGUCAACAACCAUCAUACCACCAACGACCAGACCAACAACAACAGCUACAAAACACAAAAACACCACACUGACAGCAAUCGCACCAACUACGACCGCAGCUCCGUCAAAAUCAACCACAACGAAAACAGACUAUAAACCAACAACCACGACUAUAAUCACUAAUACACCAUCAACAAUCACUGAACGAAAAGCCACAAUAACAACCCAUAUCCAAAUAACAACAUCUACACCAAAAACAAUCACAAACUCAUCUAGAAUAGACACAAUUUCAACAUCGACUAGCCAAGAAAAAAGGUCAAUAAAUCCUAAAGCGACAACUAAUAAACCAAAAACUGCAAACACAACAACUACAAUAAGAACAGCUUUACCAACAACAACGAGUAAACCAAGAAUUACAAUUGCUCAUCAAACAACAACGAAACCAACAACAAUAACUACCCCAACAACAAAAUCAACAACAAUCACAACACAAACAUACACUUCCCCAUCAGUAACAACAACACCAUUAGCAACCACAUCAUCAAUAACUACACCAACAUUCAGUAAACCAUCAUCCAUUGCAACACUAACCAUACAACCAACAAUAAUCGUAGAAUCAACGGUAGCCACCAUGCUACCACCAGUAACAAAGCCAACAUCACCAACAUCAACCACAUCAUCAGCAACUACUACACUUAAAGCAACACCAAAAACAGCAAGAACAUCGACAACAUCUUCUUCAUCAACAAACACAACACAAACAACGACACCGACGACAUACACACAACCCAUAACAACUGCACAUUCAACAGCAGCCACCAUUCUUCAGAAAAUAACAACGACAAAAACAACUCCAACAAAAGCCAAUUCACUAACAACAUAUGAAUCAACAAUAACACCUAUAACAACCAGACAACUAGCAACAACAGUACAGCCCUCAGCAACCACCAUUCCAUCACCAAUAACAACUACUGCAACAAAAAUUUCUACACCCACAACUACUACACCAACGAAAACAAAGUCAAAAGCAACGCCCACUACACAAAUUACAACAAUCACUUCACCUUCGCCAACAAGCACUACCUCUGCAACCACAAUACAACUAACAACAAAAGUUACAAAAUCAACCACUCCUUCAACAGUAUCAACAACUAACAAUGUACCAACAUCUACUUCAAGGAAAACAACAAUUAUGCAAAAAACCUCAACAAGACCAAAGUCUUCGAUUUUAACACCAAAGAAAACAAAAAAUUUAUCAGUAUUAGCGACUGCAACAUUAGCGACUCCAUCAAAAGCUAUUGUAACUUCAACAAAACUUAUCAAAUCCCCAAACACUCUAACCCCUUUAUUAAGUACUACGGCACAAAUAAGAAAUUCCAUGUUUUCGAAAUCAGUAACAGUAACUAAACAAUUAGUAUCAUCAACAAAUGUAAAUAAAACUCCCAAACAAGCAAAGAAAAGCACAACGCCUUUAACAACAACUACAAGAACAAUUUCGUCAACUCCGACAACAAUGACUGUGACAAGUGAAAUAUUAACAGUUCCCAAAGAGAAAAUUACACCACACAGCACUGGAGAUCAAAAGCAAACUAUAAGGAUAUUUGGCAAAGUGUCAAAGGAACAACUUCUACAACUGAAAGACAAAAUACAAAUAUAUUUGAAACAACUUGAUCAAAGAGACAUUUCAUCUUUGCAUAUAGCAUUUAGAGCUGAACUGGUGUUUAGUGAAAACAAUGACCCAGUGACGGAAGUACUGUAUACGUACAACUGCCUACAUUGCGACCUUCAGGAAGAACAGUUCAAGGACGGUAUUCGAUCAGCUCUUCAGACAUUAAAGCUAAAACAAUAUCAGGGGGAGGUCAAUCCAAAGAAGAAAAUCCUGAAUAACAAGAGUCACACCGGCCUGGUUGCUGGAGUUGCUGUAUCGGUAGUGUUGCUUUUAAUCAUCGUCAUAGGAAUCAUAGUCAUGUAUAGAAGGAAGAAGCAACAAAGGUCCAGAACCAAGAAUCAAGAUUUACAAAUGAAUGGACACAGUAACACGACGUUAGAUAUUAAUGAUACAGAAGACAUUGCAACCUUCAAGAAAGCCACGUCAGAAACAAAUGACCUCUGA